AAUUGAAUCGUAUAAAUUUGGAAAUGGUUGGCCUCUGGCCCAAAUUAGAACAAAACUCUGAAAAGAAAUUAACAUGUACUUUACGCGUGUUUGUUAUUUGUAUAGGGUUUUCGUUAAUAAUUCCCGCUAUACAUUCGUUGAUUAGAAUUCAUACAGAUAUCAUGUUAGCAAUAGAUAAUUUACAUUAUACCUUACCGCUGAUAAGCAGUCUUAUGAGACUUAUGGUAUUCUGGUGGAAAAAGAAAGCUCUUGUAACAAUUGUAAACAUGAUCGCGGAAGAUUGGUUAAAGUCAAAAAGCCUUUACGAAAGGACCGUGAUGAUUAAAUGGGCGCAACGUACACGUAUAUGUGUCAUAUGUGCAUUUUCCAUAAUGGGAAUAGCAUAUGGAAGUAUCGUCAGUACGACCAUUUUCGGAAAAUCGAUGAGAUUGACAUCGAAUAUCACCGAUCCAGGCAGACCAAUGCUUUUACAAACCUAUUACAUUUACGAUGUAACGAAGAGGCCGCAGUAUGAAUUUACAUUAAUUUUACAAAUAGUAUCUGUCUUCAUCGUUAUUCUACCUUAUACAGGAAUAGACACUUUUCUUGGAUUACUGGUGUUUCAUAUUUGUGGUCAGUUAGAUAUUCUAAAAAGUCGUCUGGUACAUUUACAUCAAUACGAAAACUUUUCUGACAUAUUGAAAGACAGCGUGAGAUGCCACAUUCGGUUACUCAGAGCUGUUGCUAUUGUAGAAGAUGCAUAUAAUAUUAUACUUUUAAUACUCUUAUUAUACUUUGGUAUACUUUUCGCAUUUCAAGGAUUUCUACUAGUUAGUCUAUUUGACGAAGAAAAAAUAUCGAUCAUCCGUUUGUCAACUCUUCUCGUCGGCAUUGCAAAUAUAUUUAUUCAUAUGUGUCUUUAUUGCGCCAUUGGCGAAGUAUUAAUGACUCGAUACGAUGCAAUUCAUUAUGCAGUGUACAAUAAUGAAUGGUAUUUUCUGGAUUCGAAGAAAAUGAAAGACCUAAUCAUUUUUAUGAUUAAAAGCGGUGUACCAGUAUAUUUCACUGCUGGAAAAAUAUUUCCUAUGACAAUCGCCAUGUUUUGUAGUUUACUAAAAACCUCAGCCGGUUACAUAUCCUUUCUACUUACAACGAGAAAUUAAUCAGACAUAUGAAAGAAUAGAGUGGCUUUUUUGAUAGAGU